UACAAAGUGCAACAGGAGAAAUGGGUAUUCGACAAACCAAAGUUAUACAAAGCACUCCGGGUUGUUUUCAUAAAUCAAACGUUAAUCAAUACGUUUAUCUCAGUACCAGUGUACUACCUAUUUAGAUGGCGCGGAAGUAGCAUGGCUCUUAGUGACAUACCCACUUUUACUGGUGUAUUCAGAGACCUCAUUGGUUGUGCUAUAACAGUAGAAAUACUGUUCUAUUACGGUCACAGAAUACUACACAUGCCACUUCUCUAUAAGCACAUCCACAAAGUACAUCACGAAUGGACUGCCCCAAUAGGAAUAGUCGCCAUCUAUGCCCAUCCCAUAGAGUACAUUUUCGGAAACAUUCUUCCCGUAAUUGGUGGACCGCUAGUGAUGGGAUCACAUAUCGUUGUUCUAUGGUUAUGGUUGACAAUAGCUAUGAGUGUGACCGUGAUAAAGCACAGUGGAUACCAUCUGCCGUUCUUGCCAUCGCCAGAAUAUCACGACUUCCACCAUCUUAAAUUCAACACGUGCUAUGGGUCGCUAGGCAUCCUGGACAAACUCCAUGGUACGGACAAACUUUUCCAAGAGAGCGUAGCGAAGGAUCGCCAUAAGAUGCUUACAAGUUUAACCCCAAUGUAUGAACAAGUGCCAGAUAGGUCAAAGCACGGAGAAAUAAAUUCUAAGAAAGGAUGAUAGAGAUGCUACAUCAUCCAUGGUCCAUUAUUGUUUUCAUCGUUUAUAAUUCAUUGUAUCAACUUUUCCGUAACGAUUUGAGUCUCGAUUUCAAUUUUUACUAUCUUGAGGACUAAUAAGAUAUGUAAUGAUGCAUCAAUUAAAACAUUGAAUGAGUCAUCGCUACGAUCAGUACAUACCUGCAAGACCAUGACAUUUUUUAUUAAUUUUAUUUAUUUAGCCAAUGACAUUCACC